AUGCAUUUUUUAGAUGGAGCCGGACAUCAUCCAUAAUUGGAAAGACCAGAUUUAUUGGCGGAAGUAUUAAUUACAAUAUAAUACAAAUUCCAUUAAAAAUAUACAUUUUCGACAAUAAAAAAGAAAGACGACAUAUAUACAAUCUCUUUAAUAGGUACCCCAAAUGUCGGAAAAAGCCAAUUAUUCAACCGUUUACAAACAGAUGACACAAAAGCAAUAGUUGAUAAAACAUAAGGACUAACUCGUGAUAGAAAAGAGCAAAUAACGCACAUUUUAGGCUAUCCAAUACGUGUAGUAGACACUGCAGGUUUAGAAGACAUCCCUAAAGAUAAAUUUACAGGAGAACUAAGAGAAAAAAUGAUGAAUUAGACAUUAUAAGCUUUAUUAUUAAGUGAUUUAGCUGUUUUUAUGGUAGAUGUAAGGAACGGAAUAAGUAAAUUAGAUGAAGAAAUCGGAUUUUGGUUAAAAAAAAAUAUGAAGAAAAAAGAAGAAAUUGAUAUAAAGGAUUUACUUUUUGUAGCAAACAAAUUCGAUGAUGAAAAUUUACUUGAAAAAACUAAUUUUUUAAAUGAAGUUUAUAAAUUAGGUUUAGGAGAACCAAUUUAUAUUUCGGCUUUAAAUGGAAAUUAUAUACCGGAUUUUUUAAGGGAAAUCGAUAAUAAAAUAAGUGAUGAAUAUAAAAAAAAAUACAUAGAAAAAAAAGAAAAAAGAAAGUAGAAAUUAAAUGAUAUUAAAAAUCAAGAAAAAUAAGAAAUUCAAAAUUUAAACUAAAAUAAUUAGUUAGGAAUUUCACUUGAAGAAUGGGAAAAAGAAUUUGAUUAAAUUAAUUCCAAAAUCGAAGACGAAAGUGAUUUAGAUGAGGAAAGUUCAUCAAAAAAUAUUAAUAUUUGUUUUAUAGGAAGAACUAAUGCAGGUAAAUCAACUCUAAUUAAUAAAAUAAUCGGUGAAGAACGUGUAAUAACCCAUGACUAAUCCGGAACUACCCGUGACUCUAUAAAAGUCGAAUAUAUAUAUAGAGAGAAAAAGCUAACAUUGAUCGACACAGCAGGAAUUGACUAAAAAAUAAGUAAAGUUUCCGACGUAGAAAAAAAAUGUCAAAAAUAGACUAUAAAAUCAAUAAAAAACUCCCAUAUAGUAGUCUGCAUGAUUGAUUCUUUAAGGGCUUUUUAAGUACAGGAUCUUUCUUUAGUUUAAUAUGUAUGUGAUCAGGGAAAAGCAGUGAUUUUAUGUGUAAAUAAAUGGGAUUUAGUGCCUGAAGAAUAUAAGAAAAAAGCAGUAAGGUUUAUGUAAAAGUAAUUAGAGAAAAAUUUGGGUCAAGUAAAAGGUGUUAAUUUAAUGUGUUUUUCAGCAGAAAAGGAAGAUGAUUGUGCUGAAAAAAUUUUUUAGACGUCUUUUCAGAUUUUCGAAAGAUGGAAUUUGAGAAUUUCUACAGGAAUGUUAAAUGAUUGGUUAGGUAAAUUUAAAAAAGUAUAAAAUUUACCAACAGAUGGAAAAGGAGAAAGUUUAAAAAUACGCUUUUUUGCAUAGGUUAAAUCAAGACCUCCUACAUUUGUUCUUUUUGUAAAUAAUAAAAUGCUUAUAAAAAAUAAUUAUUUAAGGUUUAUGAGAAAUAAAUUAGCAGAAGAGUUUUAAUUAGAAGGAGUACCGAUUAGAAUUUUAAUAAGGGAAGGUGAACGAGUUUAAGACGCAGAUGGAAAAAAAUACUCUGAAAAAUAUGUUUAAUUUAAAAAAAGAAAAUUAAUGGUUAAAAAAGUUAAAAGAAAAGCAAAAUUAGCAAAGGUAUAUUUAGAUUCUUUUAGUAAUCAAAAAAAAUGA